UCCCGCCUUGCGUCACUUCCGCUUCCUCGCGGGGAAGGCGGGUAGUUCGAACGUUUCUGCUUCGGAGGAGCCUGGCGGUUGGCGCGAGCCCCACCACCCUCGGUGGCGGCGCGGCCAAGGUCGAGGCCAAGGAUGUCCGGGAGGCGGACGCAGUCCGGCGGGCCCUACCAGGGCUCCGAGCCAAGGGCCUCACUUCCUACUCAGUCGCUGCGGAGGUCUCAGCGGAAAUCAGGCUCUGAUCUUCCCAACAUCCUCCCUGACAUCUGCCCGAAGGAACGUCAUGCGACGCCAGUCAGAAAGCCCAUCGUCUUGAAGAAGAUUGUGGCUCAUGCUGUACAGAUCCCAGCUGUGGACUCGCCUCGGAGGAGCCCUCGGAUUGCGUUUUCCUUGGAAAAAGAAAACAAUCCUCCUAUCAAGGAGCCUACGAAGGCGGACCUCUUCAAGAAAUACAGUGUCCCUGCCACUCCCGUGCAAAGCCCAGAUGUUGUUGAGUCCAACUCCAGCGAAGGAGACCUGGACACCAGGGACUUGGACAUGUCCAAGAAAGUCAGGCGAUCCUAUAGCCGGCUGGACCCCCUCUGUGCCUCCGCCUCCACCUCCACCCCGGGCCGCCCAUCCUGCUUUGGCUUCGAGAGGCUGCUGGGGACAGAAGACCUGGCUGGAGUCUCGCCUUUGGCGUGUUCAAAGUUAACCGAUGUCCCCAGGGUACCUGGGAAUCCUUUGGUCCCAGAUACGACUCUCCCUGGAAUUUCCCCGCCCGUGAAGGAGAAAAAGAGGAAGAAGAAGGUGCCGGAGAUCCUGAAAUCGGAGCUGGAUGAGUGGGCUGCAGCCAUGAAUGCUGAGUUUGAAGCUGCUGAGCAGUUUGAUCUCCUGGUUGAAUGAGAUGAAACUGGGGUGCACGUAGCCAGACUUCCUUCCCCCUGUACAUAGCCUCUUCUUCCUGUGCAACAGACACCUGGGGUCCCCUUCCCUGGCCUCGCUACCUGUGCGUGUGCUGUUGCUGUACGUGAGGUCCGCCCUUGAGUGUUUGUGCGGUGGCAGCUGUAGGCAAUAAGGUUCGCCUGGCCGGUGUCCUGGCCGGUUUCCAGUGGGGCUAGAAGUGGGAGGGAGAAUCACUGGCCCAGCAGGAAGAGGUCACAGGGCUGAGGAUUGUGGGUAAGAGCAUCUCUACUGUUUCGGAAUGUGGCUGCCCUGUGCCAGCCCCAACAGAAAUGCAUCCCCAGCCCAGCCUGGGUGGCUGAGUGAUUGAGCAUCACCCUAUGAACCAGGAGGUCAUGGUUCGGUUCCUGGUUGAGGUACGGGUCUGGGUUGCGUGUUCAAUUCUCAGUGUGGGGCAUGCAGGAGGUAGCCAGUCGAUGCUCAUCAUUGCUGUUUCUAUCUCUGCCUUUCUCUCUGAAGUCAAUAAAAGUAUAUUUAAAAAGGAAAGAAACAGGCACCCGCAGCCUCAGGCUUUCCCUGCUGAGUUGCCUUCUGUUUGUGGCUUGGUUCCAUCUAUGUACGAAGGCUUGGGUUUCCUUAGAUUCUGUAGAUGGUCCGGGAGAGGAUUUGUGGGUUUGGGACAGUUCUAUCUGAGGAAGAAGCUGGACUCUCAGGCAGUAGAAUCGGGUUUAGGAGAGUGGGAAAGCCUUCGUUGGCUUCAGACCAUAGGCGUUUACUCCUUAGAAACUAUUUCCUAUUUCUGUGUUCUGCUGUUGAGGUAUUUGGCUAAAAACAAGGCCAAUGGAGUGCUGGCCGCAUAGGGCAAAGGGAAUGGGGUAUGGCACCAGGUACCACAGGUUGCAGCCUCUAUAGAACCUGCCGCUUGGCUGGGAAGGGGCCCACGGCAGGAGGGACCCCUCUUGUCAUGCACAUCUGUUUCUUACAAACUAACAUUCUCAGUCUACUCAGCUCUAGAACAAAACAUACAGGUGAAGCAGUCCUAGUCCCACUGGCAUUUUGCAGCUACACAUGU